AUGAUGAACAACAAAAACGUGAAUAGUAGUAACCAAGGACAACAACAGUCCUCCUUGGUGGUGACCCAAAUUCCAAGAAAGAAGCAAUUUUACAAAACGAAGAUGUGCCCCUGGUUCUUCUCUGGGAGGUGUGAUAGAGGCGUAGACUGUUUAUUUGCACAUUCACAAGAAGAAUUAAAUCCAAUUCCUGAUUUAUCCUUUACUAGUUUGUGUCCCUUGGCCAAAAAAGCAGGAGUAUGCAAAAAUGAAAAAUGCAGUUAUGCGCAUUCGGUUUGUGAGUUGAGGCCGACUGGAGAUUUAUACAAGACGGCUCCCUGUACAAAAUUUCUGAGAGGAAAAUGUAACGCUGAAUCGCAUUGCAGGCACGCGCACUAUAUUGAGGAAUUGCGUCCCCUGCCUGGAAAUUUGUCCCCCUCUCAAAAUGCCAUCAACCUUAUGCUCGCCGCCCCACUGGCCGGUUCGACUCAAAAGGGCAGCAAAAAUAAGAACAGCGGAAAUAGCGCAAAUAGCGGAAACGGUGCAAACAGCAGCAGCAAUAACACCCUUAACAAUCACAAUCACAACCACAGCAACCACAACAGCCACAGCAAUCACAACAACCACAACCACACCAGCGGCAGUGGAUACUUCACGGAGGAGAACAAGAACAGCGAAAACAUGAUGAAGCCGACGAAUUCGUUAAUCUGCAACUUCUCUACACAAAACGGAGUCAACAGUAACCGAUUUAGCAAAAGUUUCGGGAAGAACGGCACGCCGGACAAUAACAUUAGCAGCAACGUGAAUAAUGGAGGUGGAAAUUGCAACAUGAGCAGCGGGAUGAUCAACUGCAACGUGAGCAGCAAUCUGACCAAUAACCUGAGCAGGAACGGGACGAGCAACAUGAACAAUAAUUUGAACAGCAGCCACGUGAACAGCCAUCUGAACAGCCAUCUGAACAGCCAUCUGAACAGCCACCCGAACAAUCACAUGAACGGAACCAUCAAUCGCGGAAUGAGUCGUAAUGUGAACAGCAGUGUGAAUAAUGACAACAUGAACAAUGCGAUUAACAGUUGUAUGAACAGCUGUAUGAACAACUGCGCCAUGGGCAGCGCAAUGAGCAGUGGAAUUAACAGCGCAGUGAAGAGCUGUAUGAACAACUGCAUGAAUAGCUGCAUGAAUAACGGGAUGAAUAACGGGAUGAAUAACGGGAUGAAUAGCAGGAUGAAUAACGGGAUGAAUAGCGGGAUGAAUAUCGGGAUGAAUAGCGGGAUGAAUAGCGGGAUGAAUAACGGGAUGAAUAACGGGAUGAAUAGCGGGAUGAAUAGCGGGAUGAAUAACGGGAUGAAUAACGGGAUGAAUAGCGGGAUGAAUAACGGGAUGAAUAGCGGGAUGAAUAGCGGGAUGAAUAACGGGAUGAAUAACGGAAUGAAUAGCGGGAUGAAUAACGGGAUGAAUAACGGAAUGAAUAGCGGGAUGAAUAACGAGAUGAAUAGCGAGAUGAAUAACGAGAUGAAAAACACCAUGAGUAGCACCGUGAACGUGAACAAAAACUACAGGAAGAGCUCGUCCUACCCGAACACGCUGUUCGCGCUGCUAAAAAACAAAGAAAACAGCGAGGAGUACAGUACGGCAAUGGACACAAAGAACAUAAAGCAUUACAUGAUGAAUAAUAGCGACAUAGAAAGCGCAAACGGGCUUAUAAAUCCCUUCAAUUUAAGGAAGUUGCAGAAUAUGUGUAGCGGAUCGAACGAACCGAACGGAGCCUUCAAGUCGAUCAACGAUUUGUUGAAUCAAGACAUAAACAUGAAUCGAUCGAUGAAUGGGAGCAUACACGGAGGGAGUCUUCCAACCAGCUUAGGUAGCAGCAUGACAAACCUCUGUAGCGCCAUGAAUAGCAACUUGAGCAGCGGCAUGGUAAACAACAUUUCCGUCAUUUCGAACCUAUCGAAUGGCAAGGCGAAAAUGAGUAAUAUGAGCAACAUGAGCAAUAUGACUAACAUGAGUAACAUGACAAACAUGAGUAACAUAAGCAACAUGACGAACAUGCCCAGCAGCAUAAACGGCACCCAAUACUACAAUUUAAGUAAGACAACGAAGAGCGAUAUGUUGAGCACCUACCCCACAUUCCAAAAUACAGAUUCCUCCUCCUUGAGAAUAUCAAGGAAUUCUUCAAAGGAGUAUUCACCAAAUAAUGAGGAGAAAAAAUUAGUGGACACAAUCGAGCACAUGGAAAUUACAGCGCAGGAUAGUGCCCUGAAAGUUAUCGAGGAUGACAACGAGAAGUUGAAUAUUGCUGAUAUUAAGAAUUUUCUAAAGUUGUUGCAAAUGACAAACACGAGCAAUUACAAGGAGGAUAGCUUUUUGCUGAAUGAUGAGUUAAAGAAGAGUAGCCACCUCAUGCAUGAGCAUCAACAACAGCCACAGCGGCAACAACAGCAACAGCAUCAACCGAAGCAGUCUCAUCAGUUGCACCAACCGAAGCCAUCUCAUCAGUCGCACCAACCGAAGCAAUCACAUCAGUCGCACCAACCGAAGCAAUCGCAACACUCACAGCUACCUCAACACACGCAGCAGUAUAACCCCGGGCCAGCGGUGAAGAACGGCAACAGCCACCCAAAGCAACAGCCCAAGAAUAUUGAUGUGGUGCCUGGCUCCCAUUUACCAGAACAUUUCGUACACACCGGAAAUAUGCCCAACGCGCAAAAUGAUGAAAAUAGCAUGCACAACUACGACGUAAAUGGGGACGUAAAAAAUAUUUACAAAUUGAACAACAAUUCACUGAUUAGCUGUUCCAACUUUUGGAAUUAUCCGGAAGAUGAGCUAAACACGACAGCUUCGAAAAUUGUGCAAAACGUGGAAAUCUUGGACUACUAA